GUCCGUGAUUUCUUUGAUAAGUCGCAGCCCAUCGUGUACACACUCUUUCUCUCCUUUACACAUCCACGACCAUGCUACGUCUCUGCUUUGCUCAAAGUCGCCUUCUCGUCCUCAAGCGUACCCUCGCCACACACGCUUCAGUCACAGUAUCGAAUGUGUCGAUUCCGCCCCCAACCAGACACGAUUGGUCGAGAGAAGAGAUCCAGAAUGUCUAUGACAGCCCACUGUUGGAUCUUCUGUACAGAGCUGCUUCCGUCCAUAGACAGCACCAUGACCCCAACAAAAUCCAGCUCUGUACGCUGAUGAAUAUCAAGACUGGUGGUUGUUCGGAAGACUGCUCAUACUGCUCUCAAUCCUCCCGAUACUCCACCCCAACCGAAGCGUCUCGCUUAGUCAACAUUGAGCCUGUCCUGGAAGCCGCACGGAAAGCCAAGGAGAAUGGAAGCACGCGUUUCUGCAUGGGAGCCGCAUGGAGAGAUUUGGCGGGUCGCAAACGCGGAUUUGAGCGCAUCUUAGAGAUGGUACGCGAAGUACGCAAAAUGGACAUGGAGGUUUGCACCACUUUGGGUAUGUUGACGCCCGAGCAGGCCCAGAAACUGAAGGAGGCCGGUCUGACUGCGUACAAUCACAAUCUGGACACAUCGCGAGAAUUCUAUCCGAAGGUGAUCACGACAAGAAGUUACGACGACCGGUUAGAUACGAUUUCCGCUGUCCGGGAGGCUGGCAUCAGCGUUUGUUCGGGUGGUAUACUCGGUUUGGGUGAAGCUGAUACGGAUCGGGUGGGCCUCAUCUGGGAGGUUUCCAACAUGCCCGAACAUCCAGAAUCAUUCCCUGUGAACGCCUUGGUCCCCAUUCCUGGAACACCUCUAGAAGGCAACGAGCCAGUGAAGCACCAAACACUCCUUCGCACUAUAGCUACUGCCCGUAUCGUCCUUCCCACCACAAUCAUCCGUCUAGCGGCCGGUAGGCAAACGCUGAGCGAAAACGAGCAAGCAAUGUGCUUUAUGGCCGGCGCAAACGCCGUAUUCACUGGAGAGCAGAUGUUGACAACACCGUGUUCGCCAUGGGACGAGGACAAAGCCAUGAUGUCCCGUUGGGGACUUGAGGGCAUGCGGAGUUUCGAACAGAGCAAUGUGGCACAGAAGGAGGGCUCGAGGCUAGAGACCGAGCGUCCGCCUCCCGCGUCAGGACCUUUGGAAGCGGGAUCUGAGCAACAAACGUGACAUAUCAGCAUCUGGUCACGAGGCAAAUUGGGAGAAGCUACCAAACGAAAUGAAUAUCUGUAGACUAGAAAGUAUAUCGACGAACUCAGACACAUGGAGUGGGCAGGUCCACUGAGUUGAUUC